AUUUGAUCCUCUUUAGUUUAAUCACACACUUCAUUACAUGAUAAAACGUUAUUAAACAAGCGUUAAAAGCAACGUCGUCUUGUACAACUUUUGGGGUUAUAUCUCUACACACUUCAUUUUUUCUCGUGGAGAAGGAAAUGGAAAGCGCACAAAAGCGAAGAUGACAAAAAAAGUUUGAAAUUCAAAAGAGAAGCAGCACGAAGAAGACGAAGAAUUCGAGAUCCGAGAAGAAGAAGAUGCACUUCCCUCUUCAGACUCAGCAGCCGGAGCAGCGAUGCCGGCCAAUGACCUCGACGGUAUCGGAGAUCGAGGAAGUUAUACCCGAUGAGGACUCCGAUAGAACGACUCUUCUUAACGGUGAACCGUUGCGUCGUCGAGUUUCCGGUAACUUACGGGUGGACGAAGGACCUCGUCGGAUUUUCCGGCAGCAAUCGUUCGGCCGCGAUAUCGGCCACGCGGCAGCUGAGACGUACCUAAUUACUGGACUUAGCUUCAAGCUUCUUCGUUACCUCGGGGUAGGCUAUCGAUGGAUGACAAAAUUACUUGCCCUUACAUGUUACGCUAUGCUGCUUAUGCCUGGCUUUCUUCAAGUUGCAUAUAGUUAUUUUUUCUCAAAACAAGUCCGGAGGAGUAUAGUGUAUGGAGAUCAACCAAGGAACAGGCUGGAUCUGUACUUGCCAAGCAACAACGAUGGCUUGAAGCCGGUUGUGGUUUUUGUGACGGGUGGAGCUUGGAUUAUUGGGUACAAAGCUUGGGGCUCGCUCUUGGGAAUGCAGCUAGCAGAAAGGGAUAUCAUUGUAGCAUGCCUUGACUACAGGAACUUUCCUCAGGGAACAAUUAGUGAUAUGGUGACUGAUGCUUCUCAAGGAAUCUCAUUUGUCUGCAAUCACAUCUCUGCAUUUGGAGGUGACCCCAACAGGAUCUACCUGAUGGGGCAAUCAGCUGGUGCCCAUAUAGCCGCUUGUGCUCUGUUGGACCAAGCUACUAAAGAAUCAAAAGGAGAAAGCAUCUCCUGGAGGGUGUCCCAGAUAAAAGCUUAUUUCGGAUUAUCUGGAGGGUACAAUCUAUACAAUUUGGUUGAUCACUUCCAUAAUCGGGGACUGUAUCGCUCGAUUUUCCUAAGCAUAAUGGAAGGAGAGGAGUCCUUUAAAAAAUUCUCUCCAGAAGUAAGAUUGAAAGACCCCAUUGUUGGAAAAGCUGCGACUCUAUUGCCUCCUAUUAUACUUUUCCAUGGAUCCUCAGAUUAUUCCAUACCAUGCGAUGAAAGCAAAACUUUUACAGACGCUCUCCAAGCUGUUGGAGCCAAAGCCGAGCUUGUUUUAUACAGCGGAAAGACACAUACCGAUUUAUUUCUUCAGGAUCCCUUAAGAGGCGGUAAAGACGAACUCUUUGAUGACAUAGUCUCUGUGAUACAUGCGGAGGACAAUGACGCGCUGACGAAAGACUCAUUGGCUCCUCCCAGAAAGCGUCUUGUCCCAGAGUUGUUACUGAAACUGGCUCGUGAGGUUAGCCCUUUCUGACUGCCAAAAAAACGAAAAGAAGCUUGUUUGUUGAUCAUCAGUUUUUUUACCUUUGUUAGUUGCUGUGUGUUUUAAUUGCAUGAUGUAAAUAAAAACAAACGUUGUGGAUCCACAACUAUUUUAUUUGACCCAUGUAGAUUUGAACACAUCAAUAUGAUUACGUCCACAAGUUUGAAAUCUAAUAAAAGCUUAAAAUAGAUAA